AUGAUGUUGUCUUUUUUAAAUCAUUUUGGCUUUACUUUAAUUAUUUUAAUAAUCACUGUUAUACUUCUAAAUUUUUCGUUAUCAAUUGACAGUGAACUUUCUAAUGACGCUAACAAGAUUCGUAAAAAAAGGCAAAUAAAUAAACUUUCAGAAACAUCUUCAUCAAAUUUAUCUACUGCAAGUGAGUGUUCAUAUAAAUCACUUGAUGUUACCUGCUUAUCUGAUGCUUUUUAUCGAACAUUUGACGGUGUAUGUAAUAAUAUUUUAAAUCCUUGGUGGGGUACUACAAAUAUUCCAUUUAGACGUUUAACGAAAGCAAACUAUGCUGAUGGUUUUUUUUCUCCUCGUAAUGUUUCUAAAACUGGAGAUUCAUUACCAUCUCCACGUGUAAUAUCAAAUGUUUGUUCAAAUGAAAUUGUUAAUACUACUGAACGUUCAAUAAAUUCUUUCUUUACAACAUUUGCUCAAUUUAUUGAUCAUGAUUUAACCAGUGCUGCUAAUGGUAGAGAUGAUAUAGGAGAACAAAUUCAUUGUGAUUGUGAAGACACAGAAAAUCCAUUUUGUAUGAAUAUUCCAACACCUGAUAUGCCUGAUCAAUUAUGUAUGCUUUUUCCACGUUCAUCAGCAUUUUUUGAACGAGAAGAAGCCUGUCAACUUGAUGUUCGAGAACAAGUUAAUCAAAUCAAUUCUUAUUUGGAUGCAUCAUUAAUUUAUGGAAAUGAUAAAAAUAAAGCUGAUGAACUUCGAUCAUUUAAAAAUGGACAAUUAAAAACUACGAAUCAAAAUUUACCACCACAAACACAUACAGGAAAAGAAGGAAAUUCAUGUCGAGGUGCUCAAGUUGGUCGUGGAUGCUUUCUUUGUGGUGAUACUCGUUCAAAUGAAAAUAUUGGUCUCACAUCUAUACAUGCGAUUUUUAUUCGUUUACAUAAUAAUAUUGCUUUAUCAUUAUCAAAAAUCAAUUUAUUUUGGUCUGAUGAUAUUAUUUAUCAUGAAGCACGUCGAAUGGUUACAGCAAUUCUUCAACAUAUUACUUAUAAAGAAUUUAUUCCAUUAAUGAUUGGUACAUCACGUUCAAAAUUUGGAGCUUAUCAAUAUGAUUCAACAGUUGAUGUAACAAUAUCCAAUGAAUUUGCUACAGCUGCUUAUCGUUUUGGUCAUACAUUAGUUAAUAGUUUUCUACGUCGUCUUAAUAAUCAAUAUGAAUUCAUUGAAGAUAUCUCUUUAUCACAACUUUUUUUUCGUCCAGCCGAAGCAUAUAAUCAACAGAAAGGUGGUAUGGAUUCAUUUAUAUACGGACUUUUAUUUACGCCAUCAUCAAAAUUUAAUCCAAUGUUUAAUAAUAUUUUACGUAAUCAUUUAUUUGAAGCUGAGAAAUUAACUCAUCCCGUACAAACAAAACGAUUUGAUUUAGCAGCAAUUAAUAUCAAUAGAGGAAGAGAUCAUGGAUUACCUACAUAUAAUUCAAUGAGAAGAUAUUGUGGUCUUCGUUCUGCAUCAUCGUUUAAUGAUUUACGAGAUACAAUGGAUUUAACAGUUAUUGGAAAACUAGCUUCUGUUUAUUCACAUGUUGAUGAUAUUGAUUUGUACGUUGGUGGUAUAUCUGAACGAUCUGUGUCCGGUGGAAUUGUAGGCCCAACAUUUGCUUGUAUUAUUGGUGAUGAAUUUAAAAAUUUACGUCGUGGUGAUCGUUUCUUUUAUGAAACACAAAAUCCAGACAUUCGUUUUACUUCUGAUCAAUUAAAUGAAAUACGUCGUGUUAGUUUAUCUAGUGUUCUUUGUGAAACAGUUAAAGAUAUGGAUGCAAUACAAAUUGACGCAUUGAGAAUGCCAAAUCAUUCCGAUAAUCCAUUUGUAUCAUGUUCAUCUUUACCGUCUAUUAAUUUAUUGUUUUGGCGAGAAUAA